CUGCCUUGCGCAACAUGCGCGCCGCCUGCCUCGCCUUACUCUCGGUGGUCGCAGCGCUGCACAAGCGGACGCCGCAGCACAUGAUGCACGUCCAGCAGCAAUACAAGGUCUGCUCGGUAGACGCCGACUGCGGCACCGGGUACACCUGCGCGCCUGCCGACGCGGGUGCCAUCUUCAACCUCUGCCAGCGCACGACCGCGACCGAGGUCGCCAUAGUGUCGGCCCCGCGCAACACCACCAGCGCGGCCAACGUAGCACGCGCCGCGCCAUGGCUCGUACUUCCAAACGUUCGUGUCACGGGAAAGACCAUAAAGUCAGUACCCAAUGUGACGCUGCUCGACGAGUGCACGAAGCUCUGUGCUGCAGAACCCAAGUGUUAUGCCGUCGCCUUCAACACCUCGUCGUGGCCCGCCAGCACGUGCGAGCUAAAGCCGUCGCCGCUGACGUUGUCGACCAGCGCCACCAGCUUUCUCUCUGCGACCAGUUACCCCGCGAGCUACACGUGCACCGCCGGCGCCACCUAUGGUGGACGCGACGCCUUCAAUGCGUCGGGCAGCUUGCAAGACUGCUUCAAUAUGUGCAGCUCCAAAGCAUCAACGUGCAGCGGUUUCUCGUGGGCCCGAGACCCGACACCAGGCGCUGUGCUUGGGCGCUGCUCUAUGAAAGAAAUGUCGUCCGGAUCCGAGGCCGUCUCGAGCAAUGCAACGUGGGUGUCGUGCAAGCGAGCGACAUGAGCCAUGAUCGAGCUACUUCAACAGUACUAAUAACCAGUACUUGCCAUCACGCC